AUGGGCGACUCAGCGACGACCACGAAGAAGCCCGUGCUCGCCGAGCGGGUGCUGGGCACCGUGAAAUGGUUCAACGUAAAGAACGGCUACGGCUUCAUCAACCGCAACGACACGCGGGAAGACAUCUUCGUCCACCAGACCGCCAUCACGCGGAACAACCCGCAGAAGAUCAUGCGCAGCGUCGGCGAGGGGGAGACCGUCGAGUUCGACGUCGUCGUAGGCGAGAAGGGCCGCGAGGCCGCCAACGUGACAGGUCCCGACGGCGAGCCCGUGCAGGGCUCCCCUUACGCCGCGGACAGAAGACGCUUCAGAGGUCGCUGGUUCCCGAGACGGGGUCAACGCCGACCGAUGCCCAACCCGCGUCGCGGUGUGCAGGACUCCGACGACUUCCACGACGUCGUGCUCGUGCCUGACUCGCCGCGGCCGCAACCGCCACCGCAGCGAUGGUUUCCGCCUGGGAGACCCUUUCUACGCCGCUACUACCGCCGUCCAAGAGGUAUGACCAGGAGCUCGCUACCCGCCGAAGACAUGAGACCCCACUUCCAGUUUGAAGAGGAGGACGAAUACGAGGACACCCGAGUCCAGCGGAGGCCAUAUCGACGCUUCUACGGGAGGUAUUUCCGCAGGCGCGGCGGAAGGUCUAGGAGUGAUUCAGAGUGGUUCGACAUCGAGCAGGAGCCCAGGAACGCGCCGGGUUCGUGGCGCAAGCCGAGGCCUAGGCCGAGGUCGGCGUCGCCUUCGAGGGCGUCCGCCGGACGUGACCAGGAGUUGAGCAGCGAGCGCUCUUCGGCAGAAAGCGUUGGAAGCGCUCCGAAAAAAGACGGAAAAAAAGAAGAGCUCGCUGCGUCCGCGAAGGGAAGCGCUGAUUCCAAGCAUUCCUCGGAGAAGAAGGGAAUUUGCGAGGAAAAGUCCCCGGUGCAGACCAAGGAGUCGGUCAGCCCUUUGUGA